AUGUCUCCCGGUGUGUGUAGCCGGAAGUGCCCGUGUGUCGCUCCUGACGCUGGCGUGGACUUCAUUCGUGUUGGAAACAGAAAUGCAGACAGACGCCCUGAUCAGAAGAUUAUCGAUUAUUGUAAACACUGAUUAACCGACAGAAUUCAGUCAUGGCGAGCGAGUCCGUGAGUGUGGUCUUCAAGAUCUACUGCCUGACCGUCAUGACCCUGAUCGCCGCCGCGUACACCGUGGCUCUCCGGUACACCAGAACCGUGUCCUCAGACCUGUACUUCUCCACCACCGCCGUGUGUGUGACCGAGAUCAUCAAACUGCUGCUGAGCCUGGGGAUGCUGCUCAGGGAGACGGGAGGCUUGGGCCGGUGCAGAAGUGCAGUGGUCAGCCACAUUUUCAAGAGUCCGGUGGAGCUGCUGAAGCUGAGCGUGCCGUCGGUCGUCUACGCCAUCCAGAACAACAUGGCCUUCGUGGCCUUAAGCAACCUGGAUGCUGCCGUCUAUCAGGUGACGUAUCAGCUGAAGAUCCCCUGUACGGCGCUGUGUACGGUGCUGAUGCUCAGCCGCUCUCUGAGCCGCCUGCAGUGGUUCUCCGUCUUCAUGCUGUGUGGAGGAGUCACGCUGGUGCAGUGGACACCGCCGCUGUCCACCAAAGUCCAGGUGGAGCAGAACCCGUUCCUGGGCUUCGUGGCGAUCGCGGUGGCGGUGCUCUGCUCCGGGUUUGCAGGUGUGUACUUUGAGAAGGUCCUGAAGAGUUCGGACACGUCUCUGUGGGUGCGAAACAUCCAGAUGUACCUGUCGGGAAUCGUGGUGACCCUCAUAGGGGUCUUCAUGACAGACGGGGCUCAAGUGUUGGAGAAGGGCUUCUUCUACGGAUACACGCCGUGGGUCUGUUUAGUCGUCUUUUUGGCUAGCGUGGGAGGAAUGUACACAUCUGUGGUGGUGAAAUACACCGAUAACAUCAUGAAGGGCUUCUCUGCGGCCGCUGCCAUUGUUCUGUCCACCGUGGCGUCCGUCGUUCUCUUCGGCCUGCAGAUCACGGCGACGUUCCUCACAGGAGCGCUGCUGGUGUGUGUGUCCAUCUACCUGUACGGCCUGCCCAAACAAGACACCAGCAGACUGCAGAAGCCCAGCGCAGACCGAGAGGACAAGCAGAAGCUCAUCUCCGUCUGAUGAAGGUCCUCUGCUGACUGCACUACACCAGGAGCGAGGAGAAGCGCUGAGUGCUCCGUGCCGGUGGAGGAGGGUGGGAGUGGGCUCUGGGAAGGACUGGAACACUUCAGUUUUGUUAUUUUUCUCUCUCUGUAUAAUUUCAUUUGUAGGUUUUAAUGCAGAUAUACUGAUGCCAAAACACUAUGUGCACUUCAGACAGGUUUGUGUUUAGAUUGCCAAUGCUAUUUGUUCAAGUGUUCUUAAAUAUUGACGUAAACGGAGCGGCUUCGGGAAGCCGACUUGUUUUAAUUACGGAGCAGAUGUUGAAUCCUGUGUUUAGGGUACGCCUCUUGAUCCGGGACCGGCUCUGUAUGGGUUUAUGAGGCAGAGCUUUGCUCUUAUGGACCGAUGUGUUUGCACAAAGCAUCUGAAUCCACAGACUUGAUUAAACAUGAGACGGUCCUGUACUGUA